AUGAGCAAAGAUGAAAUGUUGUCGGUUGUUUCAUUUGGCUUUUCCAACAAAAGGCUCAAUCCGGGCAUGGUUGGACAGUAUGGCAACGGCCUAAAAUCAGGCGCAAUGCGUAUCGGCAAAGAUUUCAUAUUAUUCACGAAGAAGGAAGGCUUGAUGACUUGUUUGCUUUUGUCGAGAACUUUUCAUGAGGAGAACAACUUGAAGGAGGCACUAUGA